UCUGAGGAUCAGCUGGGCGAAGCAAUAACAUCACAAACUAUAUCUGCUGGAAAACACACACACACAAGCUGCAGAUGCUACGAUUGAAACGACGUGUAAAUCAUAUUUUACACGCAGAUUUCUUCUAAGAAGAAAGACUUUUUCAUAUAUAUAUAGUUUUUUUUUUGUGUGUGUGUGUGUGAAAUUACUACCUCAUACAAAAAGAAUACCUAAAGCUAUGCUUUAAGAUUUUUGUUGUUUUUAUUGUGUGGUCGUCGCGUUUACAACUUGAAUAAUUUUGCAGGUAAGACAGUCUUACGAGGGGCGGGGUCAGUUGCGUCGGUGACGUCAUCCCCACGCAGGGUUGCGCAUCUGAAGCCCCGCCCACUGACGGGUAGUUAAAGCCCGCCUGCAGGGGAGCCAUUGGGACUUUAUUUUUUAUUUUUUUAGUUCAGUGAAUGAGAUGCAAAAAAAUGAGGUAAAAUAUAAGAUCUUUGCACCAAGUGAGACCUUAUAUUAACUGCGCCUUCUCUGAAGACUCAAAAAAGGCCAAUACACCUGUGAUCAACCUGCCAUCUGUUACAUCACUGAAAAAACACAAAAAUUAGCGACUUCAGUUAAUUAAACAGCUAUUAAAAACAAACAAACAAAAAAAAACUUCUAAGGCAGCUAUCCCUCAGGAAACAAAAAACUGUGACCUUUGACCUCCGAGGCAGCCAUGUUCCAGCGGCUCACCAGUUUGUUCUUUGGAAGCGAGGAAGAAGUUACUCCAGAUCUGAAGGGACCAAAGCCCUGUGUGUCUGAGGCUGAUGAAGAGGGAUGGCUCCUGGUCAAUCUGCACGGUGAGGAUGGGCCAGAGGCAGCUUCAGUAGCAUGCGCCCGUCCCCGCAGUGAAUGUCAUGCAUCUCAGAUAUGCGGCCCCUCUCCUCCUACCUGCAGAAACCGCAGGACUAGAGCAGGCAGGAUACAGGCGGCACAUUAUUCCUCCCCUUCCAUCUGCUCUCCUCCUGAUCCCGCCUCCUUCUCUCACCUUGAGUCAGUAGAAGUGAAUGUGUUGUUAAGCGAGCUGGGCUCGUGUUCCUGCAGCAUGGAUGAGAGCUGGUUUGUCACCCCUCCCCCCUGUUUUACUGCAGAGGGAGCCACGGCGGAGACCAGCCCCAUGGAGGACCUCCUCAUCGAGCACCCCAGCAUGUCCGUGUACGUCUCCCCUGGCCCUCUCCCUGUGGUGGAAGAGAGUACCUCCAGCCUGGCUGGCAGUGUCAGCAGGAUGUCUGAAUCAGCAGCGCCCAUAAUGACCAGAAGCAGCAUGCCCACACGGGUGACCCGAGGAGCAGCCGCACAAGCAGGCGCCCUGGCUAAAGUCACCCAGGUCUCCAGGGUUCAGAGGGCCAAAGCCCGCACUGAGCGUCGCCACCUGGCACGCAACCGCAUGCAGCGCCAAAACCGUGUGCGUGAACAGGUGCAACGGCGCGCGACCCACACCCGCAACUCCUUCCUGCACCAACCGUGCCAGCGCAACUUCUGCCACUGAUGCAUUAAAGUUUACAUUGAGGGCAUUAUAACCCACCCCAAGAAACCCUCACCUCCCAAUGAAUCCCUUACCUUCUCAAGUUCUCCUUUUGCUUUUACUGGUUUUAUGUCCAUAAUGUUAUGCAGUUUCAUAUUAAUCAGGUUUGUCUUUGAGCACAAGCCAGUUUAUCCUCUUUUCACUCUUAUCUGGAAACCCCCUACCAAGCACAAUUACUCUAAGACGAUUCAUAUAUUUGCUUAAAUGCCCAUGUACCUUCAAUAACACCUAAAUCAGUUUCCCUAUCUGGGAGUAUAGCUGAAAAGGAGACGCGUGUAAACUCUGUAUCUUUACAUACAUCCCUCUAAAUGUAUAACAAUGACACUUCAGGUACAUUGGCACUGUUCGUUGAAACAUAAUCAGGUUAAAUUGUCAAAAGAAGGAACCAACCACUGAAUGCUUCAUAGAAAUAUGAUCCUAAGAUCACAUGGCACUGAGAGAACAAAAAGCUACUACAGCAAUGAAAAGGUCACUUAAAGACAACAAGAAUAAAAAGUAUGUAGAUAAAGUGAGUGAGCAAGAAUAGAUUCAAGCAGUUGAGAGUUUGUAGAUUAAGACAAAUCUAGCCAGAUACGUUUGUAAAGAGGUCAUUUCGAAGUAGAUGUUGCUGCCUGAUUUUCAGCAUAGCGGUGCUAACUUUCAAAAGUAAUUAAACUCCCAAACAAUUUAGUUUAAUUGCUUACUUUUGAAUGACCUCUGUUCCUAAACCUAGUACUAAACAGCAUUUAGGAAACACAUUUUAUAGGUGUGCUUCCUCAAAGGCAGUAUCCUUCCAAGAAAAGGCAGUUUCACUGAAGAAAUCAAUUCAAGAUGGUGGAGAACGUGGGCACUGCCAAUUCUAUACAUAGUCUGAAUGGGAAAGAUACCCCAGUGCAUUUAUAAAUAGAUAUUUACACCCACUAUUUAGGUGCGCUAUGAAUUUGUGCUUCUUAGAGUGUUGCCUUGUGUUAGCUUAGCAACAUGCUAACAUCAAAUUCUAUUGGAAUCAACUGUAAGCAUCAAAACUCAUGUGUACUUUGUAACUCAUUCAGUACCAAAAAGUAUAGAAAACAGCUUAGCAACAUGUUACCAUCAAACUCUGUUGAAAUCUGUUUUAAUUCAUGUCUCUUGAGGCAGCUUCUUAAGGAAUCUAUAUUUUGAAACAGAGCCUUCAGGUAAACUGUCGUAGGGUCCAUCAUGGAUAGUACUCAUAUAACAACAACAACGUAUUACUAAGAAGACUCAUUAUUUUUCAAUGAUCUUUUUGGGAUAUAGCUGUUUAGCAUGUAACAUGACAUGAAGCUAAAGCUGACAUGAUAGCUCCCUGUCAACAUCUGAUCUAAUAGGAAGCGAUCGCAGGAGUAUCGGAGCAAUGUGCAAUGUCUUAGAUCAAUUUACAGAGCUGAGGAGAGGUUGCCGUAGAUUAUAGAUAUAAUUGCUUAUAGAAUGUGCAGGAUAGUAUCGAUUGUGACUCUUUAUUUACUUCAUGGAGGAUUACUGUAGGGUGAAUUUCACAAAAGUUGUCAAGAUGGCUGCAUAAUCUGCAAAAUAUAGUUACUUUUGAUUUUGGCAUGCAAUUUGUCAAGUUUUUGUGAGAUUGACCUGAUGCUCCACAAAAAAAACAUGUGCUUGUCCAUUGCAAAGCUUUCAGUGUAGCUCAAAGGUUCCCCUGUCCAGCACUUAAUGCUUUUGUGUGAAAUCACUGUGACCACAGAGACAAAGAAUGAAAAUGUUUCCCAUGACCAUUUCUCUGUUUCUCAAAACAUCCGUUUUUCAGACAAUGUCAUUAUUUGCAUUUCAUCAUACCUCUUAAAUAUUGAUUAUACGAUUGUGCUUUACAUCUUCAUUGUAUUCUGAUGUCUGUCAGAGGUUGCUGGGUCAGCGUCUCAGCACACAUGCACUCACACUAACGCAUACGUCGAAUACUAAAAUGUGCUCUUCCUUGAUAGUCAGCGAAUACUCUCGGCACAUUUACAGGAAAUGCGUCCACCACGUUGUGAUCUAUCUUAUAUGUGUAUUCAGUAAUGAAUAGACUAACAAUGGUGCUUAAAGUAUGUAAUUAUAUGACUGUUUGUACAUUUUUUGAGAAGUUUGCACUGUCUUACGUUUUAUGGAGAAUCAUGGUAUUUAGCAGUAUGCUGUUUUCGUUUGCAAUGGUGAAUGAGAUGCCAACAUGCAUGAGUUGGGGAAAAAAGCUACCUUAAGAGGUAAACAAUUAUUUGCAUUCAAAUGUAUAUAAUUGCAAACUAUUUACAGUUCAGUGUUUGCAUUAUUUUCAUUUUGAAACAUCACCUUCCUGUUUUCAUGGUAUCGUUUAACCGUAUGUUUCUCCAAAAACUUGAGUACAUGUUCUUACUGGGUAUUUUAUGAUAGGAACCAACGUUUGCCAUGUUGUCAGUACCACCAUUGAGCUGUUUUGCAUUAAGAGGAUUUGAUUUUACAUGCGAUUUUCUGUUAUUUCUUCUGUCAGUUUAGUGUUGAAUCAUUUUAUGAGUUCUUCUUGUAGUUUUUCCUAUCACCUGCCAAAAUCUGUAAAACUAUUAUUGUAGUGGGCUAUCUAUUAACAAAAUAAUAUAACUAUAAUGUAAAUCUAAUUAUGCUUUUAUUUCUUUGAUUUCAUUUGAAAUGGACUGUUUUUACAUCAUAUUGACUCCACAGAGAGUGCAGUACGAAUGUCAGUGGUGUAUCUAGGAAAAUCCAAAGCCCUGUAGCCUUACAAGGGUCCUUAACAUCGUCCACUUGAAGGUCGUCUUCUGUUUGCAUUGUUUCUACAUGUUAGAUGAAGUGGACACGGCAAAAUCGCGUAAUGAACGUACAUUCAGUGAUCUCUGCCCUCUGAACAGAUCCACCGCUGCUGUUCAGCGCAACAGCUGGGCAAUGUAUACUCUGUGUUAUUUUUCUUUGUGUGUGUGUGUGCGUGUGUGUUCAAUAUGAUUCAUUUAAUUUGUGGGACUAGAAUGAUGUCUGUUAGGCCUCACGAGAGGUUGGUGGAAGCGGUAGUUAUUUGUGAUUUAAGGGAAUGUUGACUGAAAACAUGAAAUGAGAAAAGAUAACAAAAACAAAUAUGCUUGUAUUUUUUUUCCUCAUAUUGUUAUUAGAAGAGAUGUUCACCUUAGUAACAAAGUACAAAAAGAGUAUUAAAAAUGAUUGGUGUACAUGAUAUCUAUGGUGAUUGUGCCUUUCACUAUUCUGCAUGGUUUUCAUGAUGUGCCGACUGUUUCAUCCAUAUGACGUGGGCAUCAGAGACCUAUGCAAAAUACUAUGAUGGGUUUCCAGCAUCCAUGCAGAAAUGCAGGUACCAGACAAUAACAAUAAACACUCAGGAUGCAACUGCAA